UUGAUUUUGAGCCAUUCAAGCCCAUCAAUACAUCAAUGUGACAACAAGUUCCAUACUGAGGCCCUCACUGCGUUGCUGGCUGAUGACGAUAAGUUUAUUGUCAUCAGCCAGCAACGCAGUGAGGGCCUCAUUGUGAUGGAUGGUAAUGGAGCGCUGUUUGGUACACUGCAAGGAAACACUAGAGAGGUGCUCCACAAGUUCACUGUAGAUCUGCCGAAGAAGCACGGUCGUGGUGGUCAGUCUGCGUUGCGUUUCGCCCGUCUUCGAAUGGAAAAGCGUCACAACUACGUGCGCAAAGUUGCAGAGGUUGCUACACAAUUGUUCAUCAGUGCAGACCGUCCCAACGUAGCAGGACUGAUUUUGGCGGGUUCUGCUGACUUCAAGACUGAACUGUCUCAGUCCGAUAUGUUUGAUCCACAAUGGAACAUCAAUGAUUUCACUGAUCAUCCCACCAAAGGAUCAGAUCUCGCGAGUCUCUAA